UUUGUCACUCGGAGAUGAAUGCCAUCUUAAACAGAAUUUCCUCAGAUGUCCGUGGCUGUAAAUUAUACGUGACAUUGUUUCCAUGCAACCAAUGUGCCAAAAUUAUAAUACAAGCUGGGAUAGCGGAAGUGGUAUAUUAUGACGAUAAGCACGAUUUUAAAAUCGAAACUCAAGCUUCUAAACUUAUGCUGGAAAAAGCUGGCGUUAAAACCAGACGAUACGAGCCAACACAACUGGAAUUUAGAAUUGGACAGAUAGAAAGUAAACUGUGAUUCCAUAAAAAAACACACACACAGACAGACAGACAGACAGACAUAAAACGAUACCAGCCUAGAGGACAACUAAACAAUUUAUUAUUUUAUUUGCUGGAUAAAUAUUCGGUAUUUACACAAGUUUUUAUUACAAUAGAUGUGCUUACAUACAGAAAAAACAACAACCUUUUAUGGUGAAAAUUAUACGAAAUUUUUGCUACGUUUUUCAUAGUUUCUGUUUUUUGUAUAUAAAGAUGAUGAGACCAAUUGGUUAAACAUUGAUUACUUUGUGAAAAUACAUGGCUAAAUUUACAAAAAUAAAAUGAGGCGCGCA